GUUCUGAAGAUUAGUCUGAUCGGGCACCGCAAACGGAUCUUAGCCUCGUUGGGGGACCGACUCCACGAGGACACCCCCCAGAAACCCCCGCGGGCCAUCUCCCUCCGGGAGCCCGGCGGCAUUCACACUCCCCCUCAGCUCAGCCCGGCGGCGUACGCGGCGGGGGUCCCGGGCGGCUCCCUGGACGUGCAGCACCUCAUCAUGCAGGCGGACGCGCGGCGGCGCCAGCGCAGCAACGACAACUACUUUGACGACGUGCCGCGAUCCAAACUGGAGCGGCAGAUGGCCCAAGUCAGCAUGUGGGUGACGGGAAGCGCUCGGAUCUGUGUUGCUGCCCCCCCCUCGACGCCUGAGAUUGGCUGUCGUUCGCAGGCGGGCGAGUGGUGCGAACCCAUCACGUUGCGUCCGCCCAACGAGGCCACCUCGUCCACACCCGUUCAGUACUGGCAGCACCACCCUGAGAAGCUCAUCUUCCAGUCCUGUGACUACGAAGCUUACUACCUGGGCUCCAUGCUGGUGAAGGAGCUGAGGGGCACCGAGUCGACGCACGACGCCUGCGCCAAGAUGAGGAAGUCGACGGAGCAGAUGAAGAAGGUGCCCACCAUCAUCCUCUCCGUGUCCUACAAGGGGGUCAAGUUCAUCGACGCCACCAACAAGAACAUCAUCGCCGAGCACGAGAUCCGCAACAUCUCGUGCGCCGCUCAGGAUCCCGAGGACCUGUCCACCUUCGCCUACAUCACCAAAGACCUCAAGUCCAGCCACCACUACUGCCACGUCUUCACCGCCUUUGACGUGAACCUGGCGUACGAGAUCAUCCUGACGCUGGGCCAGGCCUUCGAGGUGGCCUACCAGCUGGCCCUGCAGGCACGCAAGAGCGGCCACGGCUCGUCCACGCUGCCCGAGAGCUUCGACAGCAAGCCCGGCAAGCCCGUGCCCAAACCGCGCGGCGUCAACAUCCGAAAAUCCAUGGAGCAGGCGUCCAUGGAGCAGAAGGGCCACGCCAACGUCCCGUGGAUAGUGGAGCCGGGUCAGGAGGCCAAGAGAGGAGUCAACACCAAGUACGAGACCACUAUUUUUUAACAUGUCGCCUUGUGCACUCCUGCGUGUGUGUGCCUUUCCGAGGGCGGGCAUAGUAGGGGGCGGGGCCAAGGGGGGGGGGCGGCAGAUUUGAUGGGCAGCAGAUUUGUUGGUCAGGUGCGGCAGGGGUGGGGGAGGGCUCGAGUCGGGCAUAAAAGCAAAACGCAUCCCGCCAGUCCUUCCUCCUCCGUUAGGCCACCUGCAUGACAACGUUUGGGGUGCACUUCUGUUUCCACCUCCAGGGGGCAGCGUCAGCCCCCACAACUUCCUGUUUGUGGGUCAGUCAUUUCCUUUCUUCCUUUUUUGCUUUCUGCUUUGUUCUGAAUUGUCCGAGCGUCCCGCCCCCUGACAACUUGAUUGACAGAUGCAGCAGUGUUUUAGCUGCCCGGGAGGCCGUUGUCAUAGAGACAGCAGCAAGCGGAGGUGCGCUUUUGGUUUUGUCGUCUUUUCUGUUCCUUUCGUUCCAUCAAAUAGCUCUACAGUGUUUCUUAGCUGGUUUACUGAGGUGUCUUUACAAAGCAUGUGGCUCGUGAGACGCAUGGCGGCCAUUUUGCUGAGGGGCGAUGGGGGGUGAUACCGAGGGCUCUCCGGAUAAGUGAUGUCAUCUCAUUUUGCAGGGCAGUGGCGGACGCUCAUGUCUUUUACUGUGGAAAUCAAAGAAUGUAGCCAGCCAUAAACACAUGGACCUUGUCAGGCAUAACACGCACGCUCUUUUCAAAGGACUACAAACAUGGACUCCCUCCCCCACCGCUGUUCCGCGUUUAAGCUUGACUGCUUUGUGACACACAAACACACAAUAGGGAAGUGAAUGUUCUGCUCCAACCUUUUUGUGGGGGAGGUUACCAUGGAGAUGGACAAUUGGGCAUGUCUUUUUUUUUUUUUCCAAACAAAUUCUUCAAGGUGAGAAGACUGGUAUCAAUGUUGAAUAUGAGAGUAUUAUAACGCCACCCAAAUGAUCUUGUGCAAUUCUCAUCUGCUGUCACCCUCAUGUCAGAUUAUUUUUCUAUGCGCUCGAGACCGAUGGCCGCCCCCCCCCUGAAAAAAAACCCAACAAAAAAAGAAGCGUGAAUGUGCUGACCUCCGUCCCUCCUCUCUGAACUGUAUUCAACUACUGUACGUAUGGGAUCUGAGGGGAUAAAAUGUACAUAAAUAUUUUGCCAACUCAUUGUUGAUAACUGUAAUGUAAAAGAUGGAUAGACACUUUGUGGCACUGGGAAAAACAGCUAAACCAAGACAAAAAAGACAUGUACUAGAUGAUUCUAUAGAUGAUGUACUUGGAGUGGCGUUCAUGUAAAUAGGCUUGGGGCUUCCAGCACGCUGAUUUUUUUGUAAUUUUAUGCCAUUAUUUAUAACCCUGUAAAGCACACAUGGAAUAAAAUAGGACUUGUACAACCAUGA